CCGGGGGCGGCCCCGAACGGCCCCGGGGGCGGCCCCGGGAGCGGCAGCGGCAGCGGCGCCCCUGACCCGAUUCCUGCAGUGCGGCCGCGCCGGCCGCGGGAGCUUCUGCGGUCCUGCGUGAGCUGCAGCCUCUCCAGAAGUUGCUGUGCGUGCUGAGUUCUGUUUGCUGCUGGUUUUCGCGUGAGUCUCUUAAUGGUGCUGCUAAGUCAUAAGCAGGUGUGUUGCUACAGCUUUCCGAUGGGGCUAAAGGCAGCUGUCAAAAGAUACGAAACAAGAGGUAAGACAGCGGGGACCAAAGCGGCAUCCUCCAAAUCCCGAAUCGAUUGGAGGCGCACUAGAAGGGCGCUGAUACUGCCCGACAGCAACGACGAAUCCUCAGUCUCCUCUGAGCAGGAGGAGGAGUCUGCCACAUCCGAAAGUGAAACAGACGAACGAGAUCAGACGGCUGUGGAGGGCGGUCCUUCGGAUCAGCAGGAGAAAGUCCACAGUGGGGAAGUUGCGGAAGAUGGUGAUGACGAGCGCGUUGUGCCUGGGAGGCGUAAGAGGUCGAGCUCCUCUGUCAUGUUGGACAGCGAUGAAAGUGAGGACAGUGACAUACUUGUUAGAAAGGUUUCUGCCAAACGCCGCUGUAUCCUGGAUGACGAUGAGAAUUCUGAAGAACAGCGGCCUGAUAAAACAUGCCCUACAGAGAAUGUUUCUGCGAGUAGGAAACAGAAAGUUCUUGCAAAAUUGAAGGAACUUGUAAGACAAAGUGCAGCUCGGAGAUCCUGCAGCGGUGCAAAUUGUGAGGAUUCUAAUAGUGAAUCAGCAGUAGAAGAGGAACCAUUCUGUCAGCUGCCCCUCACACCAUCAGAAGGCAGUGAAACUGAUGGUGACAGCAUAAAAGAUUUUGUAGUAGAGGAAGAGGAAAAUGAUGAUGGUGAUGACAUUGACAACACAGAGCAUGUGAAGAAUGAAAAUCAGCCACAUCAAAAGCAACCAAAUCCAUCAAACAGCGAGCUGCUGGCACGCUACAUCCCACAGUUAUCUCGCUGUGAUCAUUAUGUACAUUUUAAAAGAACAGUAAAGGCUUUCCUCAUAAAUGCAAUUGAUGAUUCUUUUCUGAGCUCAUUAUAUGAUGGAACGAGACGAAAGAAAUAUGCACAAGAAAUGCUUCUCUCACUUCAUUAUUUGGAUGACCGCUUCAUUCAGCCUCGUCUUGAGAACCUAAUCUGUACAAGUCGCUGGAAGGAUCGAUACAAGAACCGUGUGGAUUGCUACCCAUAUGUUUGCAUAAGCUUGCAAACUGGAAAAAAUAUGUCUUGUCAGGCCUGUGCGCUGAAGCGGUGCUGUAAGUUCAACGUGUCGCUCUCUGGAAGGCUUUAUAAUAGUAAAACUUUGGAAGUGGAUGACUUCAUGUCAGAAGAUAAACAGGUUUUGAAGGUUGGCAUGGUGUGUGCAAAUCGUACAAGAGUUUAUCACAACUUGAAACACUUCAAGUACAAGCUAUACAUGGAUUGCAGCUCCGUUGUUGAAUUGGAUGGCGUUGUGGAUGAACCAGUCAAAGGCACUGUAGAGCGGCUUUUCAGCCACUUGGAAAAGACUGGGUGGAUUCAGAAGAGAUACAAUGAUCUUGAAGAUUACAUGGAAGAUGCAGACAAUUUUCAAGAAGAAAAAAUUGAUUAAGAGGUCAUAUAGCUCUUUGAAAGACAUCUUUAAAAAUGUGUAUGGCCUACUUCAUCUGCAUGCACUUUUAUCUCUGCCUGGACUUCAAGAUUUCUAUGUAGGCUGUUAUACUGAAAUUCAUAUGCCUUUAAAUUAGUUUGAUAAUGUGCUGUAUCUUUUUUCUCAUCUGUGUCAAUACAAAUCCAAAGUUUUACCAAA